ACCAGUUCGGAGCAGAGGAAGCUCCGAUCCCGGGACGCGGCCCGAUGCCGGCGCAGCCAGGAGACGGAGGUGUUCUACGAGCUGGCCCGCACGCUGCCGCUGCCGCGCAGAGUCUGCACACACCUGGACAAAGCCGGCAUCAUGAGGGUGACGCUCAGCUUCCUGCGCAUGCAGCAGCUCCUGGCAGCCGAAGAAAAAGAAGAAGAAGAAGAUGUGAAAAAGGGCAAAGAGGAGGGGGAGGAGGAGGAUGAAGAUCCGAUGGAUGCCUUCUAUCCUCAGGCUCUGGCCGGCUUCAUCAUGGUGAUGACCGAGGAGGGGGACAUGAUCUACCUCACCGAGAACGUCAACAAACACAUCGGCGUCACACAGCUGGAGCUGCUGGGUCAGAGUGUCUACGACUUUGUCCAUCCCUGUGACCAGGAGGAGCUCAGAGACCUGCUGAGUCCACGUCCAGGUCUGAGCCGUAAAUCUCAGGCCGGGCAGGUGAGCGAGAGGAACUUUUUCCUGAGGAUGAAGAGCACUCUGACCAGCAAGGGGCGCACCGUCAACAUAAAGUCUGCCGCCUGGAAGGUGCUGCACUGCACGGGCCACAUCCGCCCGUUCGGCGGCGACCCGGCGUCCAGAGUGAUGACGCUGCUGUGCGAGCCCAUCCCCCACCCGUCCAGCGUGGAGUUCCCCCUGGACACCAGCACCUUCCUGACCCGCCACAGCCUGGACCUGCGCUUCACCCACUGCGAGGGCAGGGUGACGGAGCUAGUGGGCUACAAACCUGACGAUCUGAUUGGCCGCUCGGCGUAUGAGUUCUACCACGCACUCGACUCGGACCACAUCAAGAAGAGCCUGAACACACUGCUGUCCAAGGGUCAGGUCAGCACCAGCCAGUACCGCUUCCUGGCCAACGGCGGCGGCUUCGUGUGGGCCGAGACUCAGGCCACCGUCCUCUACAGCAGCAAGACCUCGCAGCCCGAAGCCAUCGUCUGCCUCAACUUCAUCCUCAGCGCGGUGGAGCAGCCGGACGUGGUUUUCUCGGUGGAGCAGACCCGCAGCGCCCGCUGGCCCAAAGCCGAGCCCCUCUCCCCGGAGAGGGGGGAGGACUCCGGCAUCUCUGACUGCUGCGACCCGGCCCGGCUGUUCCUGAAACUGCAGGAGAACCCGGAGCAGCUCAUCCAGCUGGCCCCCACCGGGGGGGACUCCCUGCUGCUGGAAGGUCCCGUUGAGCUGUCCUUCUCCAGCCCGGCCGGCCCGGACCCGCUGCCGGACCACCCCCAGGACCUGUGCAGCCCCCAGCUCCGCCAGCUGCUGUCCCCCAUCUUCAACAGCAUGGCUCCGGCCGCCCCGCCGGCCCGCCCCCCCGAGCCCCCGCCGCCGACUGCUGGUGAGGAGGAGGCUGCGGACGCGACCGAGGUGGAAAAGUUCUUUGCCAUUUGUCCCGAGGACGCUCAGAAGAGCCAGCAGACCCUGCAGGACAUGGAGGCGGAGGACCUGGACAUGACUCACGACUCAGAAGAGAUUCUGCCCCGGCUGCUGAUUCAGGACAAGAGACCGAAACAGAGUCCUUCCUCAAUCGAGGAGGAACUUCUCCUGACCCACAGGCUGCUGGGCUCUCUGGAGGAAGCCGACCAAUCGGAUCUGCUGCUGGACCCGAGCCCGGGGGUGUGCAGCCAGAUGCUCACCGACAGAGACCCCGUGCUGGGGGGCAUGCAGGGGCUCUGCGACACCACAGCUCUGAUGAGGGACGUGUUUGCUCCCCGCCCGGCUGACCUCUCCCCCCCCCUGUCCCCUCUGACCUGAAGCGGUCCGGCCGCUCCGCGCCGGCCUCCACGCCGCCGACCCGCCCCCCCCAAAGCGCACACACGCCAACAACCACAACCCUGUACGCACAAUAUCUCAGAGCCUCGCCGCUUGUAGCCCAACCGGACCACCCGGAGCGCCGGGUUUCUGUCCCCGGUCUCACUGUGACCGCCGGGAGGCCGCCGCCGCCCGCCGGGGGGGAGACGCAUUUCUCAGUGCAGCUAGAUAAAAAAAAACGCCACCUUUUAACUGUCUAACCAACAAAAUCAGCCUCACUGCCGUUUUGUGCUCACGUUUCCAGAUCUCACCAAAAACCUUUUAGAAACUGCGAAUCUCAGUGGCAGCGUUGAUUCAGUGGCAUGUUUUUCUGACUUUUUAUACACUUGUGCUAAACUUUUUUUUUUUUUUUUUUUUUAAAGAUAUAACAGG